CCUAUGAUGUGAUAACAGACUUCUGUUUCCAGCACCACUGCACCGCUUUACGGUCUGCAAACGUAUUAAAAGUCAUCGGAUGAACUGAUGUUUAGGGUCUCCGAAGGUAUUUAAAAUUAUACAUUUUUGAAGAAUAUAGUUUCUGAUGGUGGCUGUGGGCACUUCGCUGCUACUUGUUUGGAAUAUACGCCUACCCGCCGCCGUUUUCGGGUCGUUUUGAUUAUGGAAACGUGUUAUUUGAGUCACGUAGUCCUAGCCCGUCUUUCUCUGGUGGUCCUCUUGGUCGUUCUGAGACCUCUCAAUGCGUGGACUUACACCUCCAGCAGCAACGAUAUGGAUAGGGCACUGGUAACGGGGGUAUACUUUUCUCCCCGGGUUACUAACUCUGAAGAAAUAACUGCCAUAACUGCCUUACCAAAAUACUUGUUUACUACUCCGGCAACUUCUACGGACUUUAGGGAGGUAUCGUCACCAUCAUCUGGAACAGAACUGCACCACAGAGUCAGGCAUUCCGAUGAGAGUGAGACACGGGCGUUGAGUGAAGACAAAUUAGCCACUGAACAAAACACACGUCUCUCCUCGGGCUCAACCAGUUGGACAUCAGAAGGAACCCUUGGUUUGUCGAUGGAGCAGAGGAGCUCUACCAUUGUAGUGUCUACAGAGGCUACCACACAGUGGGAGGACAAGACCAGACUAACAACAGACCACCUACCAGAGGCCUACUCUGGGCUCCCAGCACAACUCAGGGCUUUGACUGAAACAAAACGCUCAGUAGAACUUAAGUCUGUGUCUGUUACUGAAGCCAGGCCGCCUCAGGAGAGCCCUGAUACUGACAGCAGUCUCAGAGGGGACCAGUCCACAAACCGAGGUACUGUGGAUCUCAGAGAGGACCAAUCCACAACCCAAGGCACCGUGGGUCUCAGCGAGGACCAGUCCACAAACCAAGGCAUUGAGGGCCUCAGAGAGGACCAGUCCACAAACCGAGGUACUGUGGGUCUCAGAGAGGACCAGGUCACAAACCGGGGCACCUUGGGUCUCAGCGAGGACCAGUCCAAUAUCCGAGGCACCAUGGGUCUCAGCGAGGACCAGUCCACAAACCAAGGCACUGAGGGCCUCAGAGAGGACCAGUCCACAAACCGAAGUACUGUGGGUCUCAGAGGGGACCAGUCCACAAACCGGGGAACCUUGGGUCUCAGCGAGGACCAGUCCAAUAUCCGAGGCACCAUGGGUCUCAGUGAGGACCAGUCCACAAACCAAGGCACUGAGGGCCUCAGAGAGGACCAGUCCACAAACCAAGGUACUGUGGGUCUCAGAGAGGACCAGUCCACAAACCGAGGCACCGUGGGUCUCAGCGAGGACCAGCCCACAACCCGAGGCACCAUGGGUCUCAGAGAGGACCAGUCCAAAAACCGAGGUACUGUGGAUCUCAGAGAGGACCAAUCCACAACCCAAGGCACCGUGGGUCUCAGUGAGGACCAGUCCACAAACCAAGGCACUGUGGGCCUCAGAGAGGGCCAGUCCACAAACCGAGGCACCAUGGGUCUCAGUGAGGACCAGUCCACAAUCCGAGGCACCAUGGGUCUCAGAGAGGACCAGUCCACAAACCGAGGUACUGUGGAUCUCAGAGAGGACCAAUCCACAACCCAAGGCACCGUGGGUCUCAGUGAGGACCAGUCCACAAACCAAGGCACUGUGGGCCUCAGAGAGGGCCAGUCCACAAACCGAGGCACCAUGGGUCUCAGUGAGGACCAGUCCACAAUCCGAGGCACCAUGGGUCUCAGAGAGGACCAGUCCACAAACCGAGGUACUGUGGAUCUCAGAGAGGACCAGUCCACAAACCAAGGCACCGUGGGUCUCAGCGAGGACCAGUCCACAAUUCGAGGCACCAUGGGUCUCAGAGAGGACCAGUCCACAAACCAAGGCACCAUGGGUCUCGGCCAAGGACAGUCAACAGAUACUCUCAGGAAGGACCAGUGGACCGACCUAGGGACCAUGGCUCUCCCCAUCCCUGUCCACACCGACCGCACCUACAUCUCCUCCACUAUGAGUCGAGCGGGAGAGAGGACCUUACUGUCUGUGAGCUCCAACAGCACCUCCAUGUACCCUGAGGACUCCACCUGGGGCCUCCCGACCGGCCGCACCGGUGCCGGGGCUGGGGAUGUCACCGACAGGAUACCCUCCACCGGACCUGACCAUGGGCAUGACGCUACGUCUGGGUUUGACUCUCACCCCCACCCCCACUCCAACACCAACUCUUCACAAGAGUGGCCUGGUGGUUUUUCCUCCAGAGGGACCAACCCGCUGACUGGACCCCCCAAUGUGACCCAACAGCAGGACCUCACCUCUCUGGUUUCGGAGGGAACCCCCUACUCCACCCCCCCUCUCAGUGUGGCUGAUAACCACAGCAGACGGGACACAGACACAACAGACUCCAGUCAGCCCUCCAGAGGCAGGACGUCCCAGACAGAAGAUGGGGUCCCUGAUUCUUCACAGCCCCCCAUCAUGUUUUCAGAAGGACCCAGCCAUCCCAGCACCAACACCUCUCAGGGAGGAGAUAGAGAUACUCCCUCCAUCAUGGUCACCGGGUCUGGGACUUCCACGGAGUCCUCCACAGGUCCCCUCAGCACCCAGGGGGGCCAGGGUGAGACAGAAGGAGUCACAUCGCUCCACACAGAGGACACCCCUACCAUCGUAGGUCUGGCUCUAACUACUGCUCACCCGACGCUACGAGAAAGUGCCACCGCCCUGGACGACUCCCUGUCCCGGUUCAUCUCAAGCCAGCCUCCCUUUGUCCCCAAGACAGAGCAGCCAUCGCCGGCGGUGACCACAGAGGUCCUGAUGUCCACCACAUCCGCUACUGUUACGAUGACGUCACAGGUCACUGAGGAGGAGACCUAUAGAUUUACUACGGCAACCAGCACCACACUGACACCCCCUCUGGCUACGACAAGGAUGGUUCAGCUUAGCAUCACCACCUCCGUCGAAGCCCAGACUCAACCCACCACCAUCCCUACCACCAUUACCACUGAGACCACUCUGGGUCUCCAGACCUCGGCUUCAACCCCCCAGCGCCCAGCUACCCUUCAGACCCAGACCCAGGAGCCCUCAACAGGGGUGAGCCUCACCGACGUCACCAGCUCCACCGAUGUAACCACCUUGCACCUGGAGACCAGCACGGCCACACCGGGGAACACCACGCCCCACAGCGGCCAGGCCAUCCCCACCACCACUACUACAGCCUCCUCUUCCUACAGCCACAGCACCACCACCAGGAGCACAGUGGAACUGCACACUACAGGGAAACACGCUGACUGGGGGACCACUGAGGUAGAAGUGACUACAGCUCCAAUGGACAUCAGUUCUACACCCCAGACACCAGGUAGUGCCUGUGAGCCCAACCCCUGUCUGAAUGGAGGUGGGUGUGGAGGGACCUAUGGAGGGAGGGAAUUCACCUGUUACUGUCUGUCAGCAUGGACAGGACCUACCUGCAAUGAGGAUGUGGAUGAGUGUGAGAGUGGCCCCAGCCCCUCGGGCCCGUGUCCCAGUGACUCUAUGUGUGUUAACACCAGGGGCUCCUUCAGCUGCGAGUGUCCUCUGGGCCUUGACAUUGAGAACGGACGAGACUGCACGCGAGCAAAAACUUUCUUAGGGACGUUCAGUGUCAACAACUCUUACUAUGACCCACUGCUCUCCAGGAGCGCCACACUGCAUGAGAUCCAGAGAGAGAUCAACCAGCUGCUCAAUGCCUCACUAUCAAUUCUGCGUGGUUACCGGCGCUCUACAUUGAGUAAAAAAGGGGAAGACGGAGUUCAUAUCUCUGCUGUCAACAUGUUCUCCCUCUCUGCUGACGUGACCAGCUCUGAGGUCUACGACAGCAUACAGAUGUCUCUGAACAACUGUAACAGCACUGCUGGACACUGCAGAGUGGUGGUCACUCACCAGCUCUCCUAUCAAAUUGAGAGUCUGUGUCUGGCCCAGAACACCCAGUGUCACCUAGAGCGUUCCUUCUGUGCCGACUCCAAUGGGACAGCCUACUGCCAGUGUCAACCAGGGUACUUCAAACUCAACCCUGAGGACCAGUCCUGCCUAGAAUGUGGUGAUGGUCUGAAACGGGUCAAUGGAACCUGUGUCAAGUGCACAUUUGGAUUUGGAGGAUUCAACUGUGGAAAUUUCUACAAGCUGAUAGCUGUGGUGGUAUCUCCAGUAGGAGGUGCCCUACUCCUUGUUCUCAUCAUCGCUCUCAUUGUCACCUGCUGCAAGAAAGACAAGAAUGACAUCAACAAGAUCAUUUUCAAAAGUGGCGAUUUUCAGAUGUCGCCGUACGCAGAGUUCCCGAAGAGUAACCGUGUUUCUAUGGAGUGGGGGAGAGAGGCCAUCGAGAUGCAGGAGAACGGUAGCACCAAGAACCUGCUACAAAUGACAGACAUCUACUAUUCUCCUGCGUUACGUAACUCUGACCUAGAGCGUAACGGCCUCUACCCGUUCUCUGGCCUGCCAAGCUCCCGUCACUCCUGUAUCUAUCCCGCCCAAUGGAACCCUUCGUUCAUUAACGAUGACUCACGACGUCGGGACUACUUCUGACACCCAGCUACCCCGCCUCUGGUCCUGCCUAGCCAGCCAACUCCACCUCUGGCCCUGCCUAGCAAGCCAACUCUGCCUCUGGCCCUGCCUAGCCUGCCAACUCCACCUCUGGCCCUGCCUAGCCAGCCAACUCCGCCUCUGGCCCUGCCUAGCCAGCAAACUCCACCUCUGGCCCUGCCUAGCCAGCCAACUCCGCCUCUGGCCCUGCCUAGCCAGCCAACUCCACCUCUGGCCCUGCCUAGCCAGCCAACUCCGCCUCUGGCCCUGCCUAGCCAGCCAACUCCACCUCUGGCCCUGCCUAGCCAGCCAACUCCACCACUGCCAUAAGCCUAAUUUACACACCUUCUACUUCACUUCAACGUCCACACAAGGUCCGCAUCUGCGCACCUCCUUGGCAAAGUGUCCUGCGGAUGCAGAGAUUUGUCCGAACGGACAGGAGUGGACAUUCGAUUUUGCAUAAUUUCGUUUGAGUGGACCAAGCGGACAGCUCAGAAGUGGAAGGUGUAAAUUAGGCUUUAGCCUGGUCCCAGAUCUGAUUCUGCUCUUGCGUACUCCAUUGCUGUCCUUGUCAAGCCGAACAUGGCAAUGAGUGAUAAGGAGUUGUCAUGGUAGCAUAAACACACGGGCGCGCAGGCUACCGCUGCCUGGUCUCCAGCCAACCACAUCCAUGAUUAAGUGCACCAAAAACACUUCACACUGAUUUGAUCAGUGCAAAUUUGAUCAUAUGAUUUGAUCGUAUGUCAAAAGCAAUAAUAAAAGCAAUCCAUAAAUUAUAAAAGUUACGGUGUAUACCAUGUAUUCAUAAUGUGUGGAUGCAUGUCUGUUUGUUCUGCAAAGUGUGUGUGUGUGUGUGUGUGUGUGUGUGUGUGUGUGUGUGUGUGUGUGUGUGUGUGUGUGUGUGUGUGUGUGUAUAAGUGUGUAUAAGUGUGUAUAAGUGUGUGUGUAUAAGUGUGUGUGUGUAUAAGUGUGUGUGUACUGAAAAAGCAGGUUGAAAAGAGAAUGCUGCAAAAACUUGUUUUGUGUGUGUCAAGUAUUGUUACAUUGUGUAAAGAUAUUUAACGGCAUGUCAGAUGGAAAAUCAAUGUACUGUAUUUAUCAGAUGAAGAAUAGAUGCACCAAAGUGGUUUCCUAUGACACAUUGAAUGAUGGUCAAGCUGCCGUCUGUCGAUCGGAACAGUACAACAGUUUUUGUAAUUUAUUGAAUGUAUUUCAACAGUUAAAAAUGUAUGAAGACAUUUUCAACAUGUUGCAUUGUCAGAGGGACUCAUACCCCACCCUGUUCUGUAGGGACAAACAUCUGAAGUUUGGAACACAUAAGGCUGUGUGUGCAUGUGUGUGAGUGGACGCGUGUGUGUGAGUGGACGCGUGUAUGGAUGUGUGGAUGUGUUUAACUAUACUUGUGGGGACCCACAUUUGACUAACUGGGGACAUUUUGUUGGUCCCCACAAGGUCAAAUGCUAUUUCAAGGGGGUUUAGGGUUAAGGUUAGAAUUAGGUUUAGGGUUAGGAUUAGGAGCUAAGUGUUAGGUUUAAUGAUUUUCAGGUUAGGGUUAAGAUUAGGGUACGGGUUAGGGUUAGGGAGAAUAGGAUUUUGAAUGGGACUGAAUUGUGUGUCCCCACAUGGUUUGUUGUACAAGACUGUGUGUAUGUGUGUGAAUCUUGGAUUAAUUCAGUUCAAUAAACAUGCUAAGUGUCAACUCUCAUUUAUGGUUUGCAUAGAGAUGUACUAUAUUUGUAGAUAGAGUACCCUUUUAUAUCUUUGUUGUCUUCCUUCUAAUAUGAAUGGUCUAUUACCUCUGGCGUUUUAGUCAGAUAUGCAUAUUUAAUAAAUAAAAGAACAUUCUGUACAAUU